AUGGUACUCAAGAGAACCAUGUUAGUUCUACUAUUACUUCAAUAUAUGGUUUUGGCCUUUGAUCAUCCAUUCUCUGAUAAUCACCAACUCCACCAACACUCCCUACUAACAGACAAAGCUGCUCUUCUGGCCUUCAGAGAUACUAUAACAUCAGACCCAAAUUCUGUACUUGCCAACUGGGACCAAUCAUCCAACGUGUGCACAUUUACAGGCGUCAAUUGCAACAGGUGGCGCCAUCGAGUGGUGAAACUCUGGCUCAAUGGGACCAAUAUAGGUGGCCUGCUUUCUCCCUUCAUUGCAAAUCUCACCGGUCUCCGGCUCCUUGAUCUCUCAGAUAACCACUUACAUGGCCUUAUUCCACCUGAAUUUGCCUCCUUACGCAACCUUCGUCUCCUACGGCUUGUUGGAAACAAUCUGCAAGGUAGGAUACCAGGUUCUCUUUCCCACCUUUCUAAGUUAAGAUAUCUCAAUCUGGCAGGGAACAGCCUUACUGGUGCAAUUCCUGCAUCCAUUUUUAUCAACUGCACUUCCUUGGCCUAUAUUGACCUUUCUAGCAACUUACUCACCGGAAAAGUUCCAGACAUUGGACAUCUACCUGACCUUUGGUGCCUCAACUUAUUUCAGAACAACUUGACUGGGAAAAUCCCUGCUUCUCUGUCCAAUGCGUCAGCGUUAUAUAAUUUAGAUUUGGAGAAUAAUCAUCUCUCUGGUGAAUUGCCAUCAGAAGUUGUAGGGAAGCUGCAAGAACUUAACUUUCUUCAUUUAUCAUACAAUGAUAUGGUCAGCCACGAUGGCAACACUAAUCUUGAGCCGUUCUUCACAUCUCUUAUGAACUGCACUGAGCUAACAGAGCUUGAAUUGGCAGGUAUGGGACUGGGAGGAAGCUUGUCCAGUACCAAAUUUGAUCAACUAGGGACUGGAUUGUUAACUAUCCACCUAGAAGAAAACCAAAUCUUUGGGUCCAUUCCUCCAAAUGUGGCAAACCUCAUGAACCUUACACUGCUGAAUUUGUCAAGCAACCUUCUAAAUGGAACAAUUCCAGGAGAGAUAGGUAAUUUGAGAUUAGAACAGCUGAUCUUGUCAAACAACUCACUCACUGGAGAAAUUCCAGCCACUUUAGGAUGGAUUACUUCAAUGGGUCUGCUCGAUUUGUCUAAGAACCGAUUAUUCGGAGAGAUCCCAGCAAGCAUAGGGAAUCUAAGUAGACUGAAUUAUCUGUUCCUUAACAAUAACAUGCUUUCAGGAGCAAUACCUCCUAGCAUAGGACAGUGCAAGGAUUUGCACAAGCUAGAUUUGUCUUAUAACAGAUUAACAGGGAAUAUCCCUAAAGAAAUAUCAGGUCUAAGUGAGAUCAGGAUGUUCUUGAACUUUUCACAUAAUCUUCUCCAAGGAACUCUGCCAAUUGAGAUUAGCAAAAUGGAAUCGGUGCAAGAGAUUGACCUGUCCAUGAACAAUUUUAGUGGGAUCAUCUUCCCUCAACUGUCAGGCUGUAUUGCAAUAAAGCUGAUCAAUCUGUCACACAAUUCCUUGCAAGGAAAGCUUCCAGAAUCCUUAGGUCAACUUCGGAAUCUAGAGUCACUGGAUGUUUCUAACAAUUUUUUAUCUGGUGAGAUCCCAUUAAGCUUAAGUAGAUGCCCUCUCACUCAGUUGAAUCUUUCAUUUAAUGAUUUUAAUGGAUUGAUACCCACUGGUGGCAUUUUCAGUUCAGCCAUAAAUCUUUCUUUCUUAGGCAAUCCACAUCUAUGCGGAUCAGUUCCUGGAAUACCCAUCUGCCAAAGAAGUCAUGAAUGGAUUCAUUCACGAAUGUUCUUGAUCAUGAUUUGCAUUGUAGUUUCUGUUUCAGCAUUCAUAUCGACGAUAUUAUGUGUGAUUUGUUACCAGCACAUGAGACGAAUACUUUCCUCUAGGAAAGAUGAAAUGUUCAGAUAUUCAACGCCAACACUGAAAUCCAACUUUCCAAGAAUUACUUACAGAGAACUUUCAGAGGCCACCGGAGGAUUUGAUAAGGAAAAGCUGAUCGGUUCAGGUAGUUAUGGACAUGUCUAUGGAGGAUUCUUAGGCGAUGGGACUGUUGUUGCAGUCAAAGUACUACAGUUGCAAAGUGGUAAUUCUACAAAAAGCUUCGAUAGAGAAUGCCAAGUCCUAAAGAGAAUUCGUCACAGAAACCUGAUGAGAAUCAUUACAGCAUGUAGUCUACCAGAUUUUAAGGCUCUUGUUCUUCCUUAUAUGGCAAAUGGGAGUUUGGAGAGCCACCUCUACCCACACCAGGAAAUAGGCCUGCGUUCAGGUUCUUCAGAUUUGAGCUUGAUACAGAGGGUCAACAUCUGCAGUGACAUAGCUGAAGGGAUGGCUUAUUUGCAUCACCAUUCUCCUGUCAGAGUAAUACAUUGUGAUUUGAAGCCGAGUAAUGUGCUUCUAAAUGAAGACAUGACUGCUCUGGUUUCUGAUUUUGGGAUUGCAAGGUUGGUGAAUACUGUAGGAGGGGGAAAUGGUGGAAUUGUUGACAACAUGGGGAACUCUACUACAAAUAUGUUGAGUGGAUCUGUUGGAUACAUUGCACCAGAGUAUGGAUUUGGUUCAAGUACAUCCACAAAGGGAGAUGUUUACAGUUUUGGCAUUUUGGUACUUGAGAUGGUUACUAGAAAGAAACCCACAGAUGACAUGUUUGUUGGCGGGUUAAGCCUCCAUAAAUGGGUGAAGAGCCACUAUAAUGGAAGGGUGGAAAGGGUGAUAGACCCUUCUUUGAUGAGAGCUGCAAGAGAUGAGUCUCCUGAAGUUAAGAAAAUGUGGGAAGUCGCAAUUGGCGAACUGCUCGAGUUGGGUCUACUUUGCACCCAGGAAGCCCCAUCAACUAGGCCUACCAUGCUUGAUGCAGCUGAUAACUUGGAUCGCCUAAAGAGAUAUCUCAGUGGUGAUACAACUGCAACAUUUGCUUCUUCACUUGGGAUAUCAUCUUCUACCAUAGGGGAGGAUUGGUGACUGUCCAAGGUGCUGUACAUACAAUGAGAAUGUACAUUUUGUCUGAUCUUCCAUGUUGUCCUUCAUAGUUUUAAUUUACAUACUGUGGAUCUAUCACCAUUAGAGACAUAUCAGGUUUGACCCACAGCAA